UUCGGUUUUGGCAGUUGGGGCUGCCGUUGAAGGAAGAGAGGUGGUUUCAGUGCGCAGGCGCGAGUGCUCUGUUCGUUUCUCGCCUUGUGAGUAACCUGCGCAGUAGCCGCGAGCGAGCGAGUGAGUGACCUUCUGGCGCUGCUUGGGGACUCGGAGGGGUACAUCAGAUUGGCUGCUGGGAACACUUUGAAAUGUUGUCCGUAAUGAAAUUAAUGUUAACACUCUUUCUUUCUGGAAUUCUAGCCUGUUAUGGUGGAAAUGCUAACUACAAUUCAAUACUCCUGGUGUCUUUUGAUGGUUUCAGGGCUGACUAUCUGAAAAACUAUAGACUUCCUCAUCUCCAGGAGUUUAUUGAGGAUGGUGUGUUGGUAGAACAUGUUACAAAUGCUUUUAUUACAAAAACUUUCCCAAACCAUUACAGCAUAGUGACAGGCUUAUAUGAAGAAAGCCAUGGCAUUGUGGCUAACACAAUGUAUGACGAAGAUACAAAGAAGAAGUUUUCAGAGCAUAAUGAUACAGAUCCUUUCUGGUGGAACGAGGCAACUCCUAUUUGGGUGACAAAUCAGCAGCAAGAGAAUACAAGAAGUGCUGCUGCAAUGUGGCCUGGUACUGAUGUAAAAAUUAACAACACAGUACCUCACUUUUUUAUGAAGUAUAAUCAUUCAGUAACAUUUGAAGAGAGAAUGGAGAACAUUACUAUGUGGCUGAACAACUCUAGCCCACCAGUUACUUUUGCUACACUCUAUUGGGAAGAACCAGAUGCAAGUGGGCAUAAAUAUGGACCAGGAGAUAAAGAAAACAUGAGAAAAGUGUUAGAACAAGUGGAUAAUCAGAUUGGUUCACUUAUUUAUAAACUCAAGGCAUUGGGAUUGUGGGAGAACAUUAAUGUCAUAAUUACAAGUGAUCAUGGAAUGACCCAGUGUUUCCCACACAAGCUGAUUAAACUGGAUGACUGCAUUGGCCGUGGUAACUACACUCUAGUGGACACGACACCAGUUGCUGCAAUACUGCCAAAAAACAACAAAAAGUAUGUAUAUAACUUACUGAAAAACUGCAGCACUUCCAUGAAGGUGUAUCUUAAAGAAGAGAUUCCAGACAGGUUUCAUUACCAUCACAAUAAGCGCAUUCAACCCAUAAUUCUGGUUGCGGAUGAGGGCUGGACAAUUGUACAAAAUGGGUCACUUACAAAAUUAGGUGACCACGGCUAUGACAAUGCUCUCCCAAGCAUGCAUCCAUUCCUGGCUGCUCAUGGGCCUGCUUUUCACAAAGGCUACAAGCAAAACACAAUAAAUAAUGUUGAUAUCUACCCAAUGAUGUGUUACAUCCUCGGAUUAAAACCUCAGCCCAAUAAUGGAACCUUUAGUAACAUCAAGUGCUUGUUAGUUGACCAGUGGUGCAUAAAUCUCCCUGAAGCAAUUGGAAUAGUUGUAGGUGUCCUCCUAGUGUUAACUACUCUGACCUGCCUUAUAAUAAUCAUGAAGAAUAGAGUGUCCUCUCCACGUCCAUUUUCCCGACUUCAGCUACAAGAGGAUGAUGAUCCCUUAAUUGGAUAGCAGAUGUAGGAAGUCUUAAUCUCACUACUACAUAGAUAUUAGGGUCUGGAAGUAAGUGGUAUGUUUAAUCUGCAAGUUUGCUGAUCAUUCUAUAAUGCACUUUAAACAGUACUCAUUUAAAAUUGCCUAAGAUGUACAGACAAAAACCCGUUGAACUGUUUGCCUCUGCAUCUUGACUAACAAUUCAAUGGCACAAGAUUCACAAAAUCUACACUGAAAGGAUCCUGUGUUGCCUACUGGAAAAGGUAUUUAACAAGACAAAGCUGUUUUGCAUUUGGGUAUUUACACACUUGUAAAAUAAAAUCAGUUAUAAACUAGGC